UCCAGUGACAUGGAAAGAGAAAACUAUACGAGUGCAUCACAGUUCCUCCUUCUUGGCCUCUCAGCAGAUCCAGACCAGCAGCCCAUCAUCUUUGGUCUGUUCCUGUCCAUGUACCUGGUUGCAGUGCUCGGGAACCUGCUCAUCAUCCUAGCUGUUGUCUCUGACUCCCACCUCCACACCCCCAUGUACUUUUUCCUCUCUGACCUGUCCUUCGUGGACAUCUGUUUUAUCUCUACCACAGUCCCAAAGAUGCUGGUAAACAUACAGAUACAAUACAAGGACAUCUCCUACAGACAGUGCCUCACUCAGGUAUAUUUUUUUACACUUUGUGCUCAGAUGAAUACUUUCCUCCUUGCAGUGAUGGCCUACGACCGCUAUAUAGCCAUCUGCCAUCCCCUGAAAUACACAGUUAUCAUGAACCAUUGGCUUUGUGGCUUCCUGAUUCUCAUGUCUUGCUUCCUGAAUUUCUGGAUCUCCCUAACUCACAUUCUACUUGUGAAGAGACUGAGCUUCCACAAGGUCACAGAAAUCCCACAUUUCUUCUGUGAACUGGCUCAGCUUCUCAAGGUGGCCAGCUCAGAUACCCACAUCAAUAACAUCUUUUUGUAUUUGUCAACUACCUUCCUGGGUGUGUUUCCUGUCAGUGGGAUCUUUUUCUCUUACACUCGAAUAGUCACCUCCUUAAUGAAAAUAUCCAGUACAGGAGGCAAGUAUAAAGCAUUUUCCACCUGUGGAUCUCACCUCUGUGUGGUCUCCUUGUUCUAUGGAACAGCACUUGGAGUUUACCUCAGUUCUACAGGGACCCAUUCUUCCCAAGAAAGUUCUGUUGCCUCUGUUAUGUACACUGUGGUGACCCCCAUGCUGAACCCCUACAUCUAUAGCCUGAGGAACAAGGAUGUGAAGGGCGCCCUGGGCAGGCUUCUAAGCAAAGCACAUUUUCCCUCAUGGAUGACUGACCUCAGAACUAAGUAA